CGACCCCAGCUCAGUAGCGUGUUGACCGUCGAGAUGCCGAGAUUGUCGAGCAAGUGCAGCGUCGUCGCCAGCGCCGCCGCAGUGCUCCUGCUGACCCUGGUCCGUUUGAGGGGUUUGGCCGCAGCCACGCCCACGACCACGCCCAUGGGCGGAUACUGCAAGGUGUCCCUGUGUGAGCUGUACAACGGGACGCAUGUGGUGCAUGUGCCGCAUACCGCUUGCGGCAACAACGGCAGCUUUGCCCCCUCCUGUGGCCCGGAACCCAAGCUCCUGGAAAUGAGCGAUCGAAGGCGUCAGCUCCUGCUGGACAUGCACAAUUUGGCCAGGUCGAAGAUCGCCAGCGGAGAUCUGGACGGCUACCGCAGUGCCGCCCACAUGCCGCUCCUGCGAUGGGACACCGAGCUGGAGCAGAUGGCCGCCCUGCACGUCAAGCGCUGCCAAUUCGCCCACGACAAGUGCCGCAAUACGCCGCGCUUCAAGUUCAGCGGCCAGAAUAUCGGAUAUUUCUGGAUCGGACGCGAGUUCAAGUCGCAUUCGCGCCGCAUGAAGUCCUUUGUAAUCAACUGGUUCCGCGAAUACCAGGACGCCAACCAGGGCUUCAUCGAUAAAUAUCACCCGCAUCCGCAGGGCAAGAAGAUCGGCCACUUCACGCUUUUGGUCUCGGAUCGAGUGCAGCGCGUGGGCUGCGCAGCUGUCCGCUUCCUAGAGCCAAAUGCCAAUCGAUUCCAGUUCAUGAUGACGUGCAACUAUGACUACAACAACAUAUUCAACGAGCCCAUCUACCAAUCGGGUCCGGCGGGAUCCAAGUGCGCCCAGCACCGAGUUAGCGAGAAGUUCCCCGGAUUGUGCGACUGGCGGGACCCAUCCAACGACCUUGAGAGCGAGGAGAGCGCCGAGGACGAAAACACCCUCGACAACAAUAUACCCCUGUAAAAAUCCUAAAUACCUCGGAUAUGGAAAUAAUACUCGAAGUUCUAGACAGUACAAGAAGGCUUCCAGCAAACCUGGAAAAAGUUACACACCAUACGUUUUUUUUCUAUUGUUUAAGCAAUAAAUUUUAUUUUAAUUUAAUUGUAAAAUUCA